AUGCAACUCGAGGGCAUUCUCGCGAGAGCCCGAGAAAGGGUAACCGUUCCCUUCGGGCAGCCAAACGCGCCGGACAAAGAGCGAUUUUGUUUGCCAUGUCUUCAGACUAAUCCAAAGACGGGCGUCAAGCUCGUCGCCGUCGUGGCUAGUUGUUCCUGGCGGAUCAAUGUCGGGUGGAAAGGGGAGCCCCCAUUCGCUGGGCUGAACGAGGUUGAUUCAGACGGAGCGGAGUCAGCCGUGAUAAAGACACUAAAUGGAGUCCAUUCUAUGAGCCGGGAUCAUCAGAGCACUGUGGCCUGUGAGGCUAUCAACGGCGGCGGGUGGUUUCGGGGCGAAACCCCGUCUCAUGAUGAGAUUGGCCCGACGGCAACCGGAUCAAGGGGCGGGGCAUGCUGUCGGGUUGCAAAAAGGUCGAUGGUGAUUCUGCGAAGUUGUGCGCGAUGGAUGGAGAAAGGUCGAGAAUAG